AUGUCUCCGUACCGCAAUCGAGCCGCCAACCCUGUCACCACAGCAACCGCGGCUGUUGGAAUGCCUUCAACUCAUCCUGGGCCUAAUAAGCCCGUCCAGGAUCUGAUCACGCCCAUCUACACUGGCCGCCACCUCUGGUCUGCCAUCCGACCGACGACGCUCGAUGCUCUCCCUCCCCCUCUCGUCGCUUACGAGGAACUCCCUUUCCCCAACAGCGACCGCGCCAAGCUGCCACCCUGCACCGUUCGGUGGCAGUUUACUGGACGAUUCAGCAUCGACCGCGAAGAGGACAUCGCACGCGGCUCUUUUCGCGUGCAGGUCCGAAGCUAUCUCGCCUCGAAGAGUGCUGUCAACACCGAUUGCACCGUCAACUUCUCCCGUGGUUUCGGAAGAGGUCGCUUUGUCGAAGUCACUGUCUCGCCUGAGAAUCUCGCCAUCCUUGCUGAGGCUCAGCUGGUCUUCAAUGGCUCGCAACUUCAAAGCCCCUGUGUGGGUGCUAACCUCCCCAAGACCUCUCUGGUCAUCGAAGUGCUCGAGAUUCCCCUUCGCAAUGCAUGGUCUGAAACCGCCGCCGACAUUGCAAUCCUUCUUCAAUCUCACGUUCGAGUGCACGAAUUCUGGGUAGCCCGGGUCUCUAACUCCAGCAAUUCCACACCACCUGAGGACACCGACAAGAUGGUGGUCCUGGCAUCUCUACCCCCUGGCGAGGACGGAGGCGUCCACCCGAGUUAA